UUGUUUUAUUUUUAGAGAGAAUCACUGCCGGUGAACAAAACAGAUUUCUCUUUCCUUCACACACACACGUAUAUGUGAACCUUCUCUCUUGCCUUACAUUAACAUUCAGGCUACAUUUGAAGCUCGGUCGCUGGUGGUUGAGGGGAGACCGUGAAAGAGGGAAUUCUGUUGAUAUGAUCAUAUAGCACGAAAGCAAUAGAAAUGCCAGUGGCCCACUGCCCCACCCUGGACAUGAAAUCUAAACUGGCCUGGCGUAUUUAUAGAACGCCUCUUUCUUGCACAUAGACUAUGACACUGCACACAUGCGCAGACACACACACGUUCCUCUGAAACCAGCUGUAGUCACCCCCUGCAUGUACAAGCCUUUUUUGGGCACACGCUUGUCAUGCCGUGUAUGUGUUCAUGUGGGAGUUAAUGCAGGGCGAGAAAUCAAAAUGUUGAGAGAGAGAAGGAAAAAAAAAAAAGACGCGCUGAGGGUGCUUUCAAUUUUCAUAGUCUUUUACUGAUUGAGUGCUGCAACUCCUACCAAGCAAUGCAUACCCUAUAGGCAGCAAUGGGUGCAUUCCUGGACAAGCCGAAGACGGAGAAGCAUAGUGCCCACGGUGAGGGCAAUGGGCUGCUGUAUGGCCUGAGCUCCAUGCAGGGCUGGCGGGUGGAGAUGGAGGAUGCCCACACAGCCGCGGUGGGUCUCCCCCACGGACUCACCGACUGGUCCUUCUUUGCCGUCUACGAUGGCCACGCAGGCUCCCGGGUGGCCAACUACUGCUCCGGCCACCUGCUGGAACACAUCUUGACAGGAGGGGUCGACUUCGGUUCAGGAGCCGGCUCUGUGGAUGGCGUGAAGGACGGCAUCCGCUUGGGCUUCCUGAACAUUGACGAGUACAUGCGCAGCUUCACUGACCUGCGGCAGGGCCUUGACCGCAGCGGAUCGACAGCCGUGUGCGUGUUGCUCAGUCCGACCCACCUCUACUUCAUUAACUGCGGCGACUCGCGGGCCGUGCUGAGUCGAGACGGCAAGGUGGGCUUCUCGACCCAGGACCACAAGCCCUGCAACCCCCGCGAAAAGGAGCGCAUCCAGAACGCUGGCGGCUCGGUCAUGAUCCAGAGGGUAAACGGCUCCCUGGCUGUGUCCCGGGCCCUGGGGGACUACGACUACAAGUGUGUGGAUGGUAAGGGCCCCACGGAGCAGCUGGUGAGCCCAGAGCCCGAGGUGUGCGUGUUGGAACGAGCAGCCGAAGGAGACGAGUUUGUGGUGUUGGCGUGCGACGGGAUCUGGGACGUCAUGUCCAACGAGGAGCUGUGCGAGUUUGUCCGCUCACGACUCCUGGUGUGUGAUGACCUGGAGAAAGUCUGUAACUCGGUGGUGGACACCUGCCUGCAUAAGGGGAGCAGGGACAACAUGAGCGUGGUGUUGGUGUGUUUACCCGGAGCUCCCAAGAUCUCAGAGGAGGCUGUGAAAAAAGAGGAGGAAUUGGAUAAAUACCUGGAGACCCGCGUUGAAGAGCUACUGGGAAACUGUGGGGAUGCGGGAGUCCCUGACCUGGUGUCUGUCCUGAGGAGCAUUGCCACAGAGAACAUCCCCAACCUUCCACCUGGUGGCGGCCUGGCCAGCAAACGCAGUGUGAUCGAGGCGAUGUACAACAAGCUGAACCCUCACAGAGAAGAGGAAGGCGCCUCUGCGGGGGGAGAGGAGGAGAGUGAGGAGGGAGGUGGCAGUACAGCGGCUCAUCUGCUGGAGGCUCUGCGGCAGUUCCGCCUCCACCACCGGGGGCAGUACCGCACGGUGCUGGAGGAGUCCCUGGUCGCCUACCACCUGCGGGGGGAGAGCGCCGCAGAGGGAACAGGGGAGAGCCCGAGGACCUCGGACAACAACGACGGCCAGGAGCAGCCCGCCUCCCCUCCCUCUCCCCCCUCGCCCCCGCCCUCACCUGCCACUGCAGAGCCGGAGGCCAGCCAAGAUGCGCCCACCCCCGAGUCCGAUCCCUCCUCUGAUUGAGCACCCCGCCUGCAUACCCAAGCACCCAUCUACCCCCUCCGACUCCAGAGCUCUAGUCAGACGUGCUAUGACCUCUCCUCUUUCCCUCAACGCAGAACUUGAAUUGACACAUUGGCCGUUUCUGGUUUUUUUGUCAUCAUGUGCAACUUCAACUGCCAUUUAUGAAUAUUUUUACAAUGUGUUAGAAAUACAAAUGGCCCCUCUGUCUAUUCAAGUUCUGUCUGCGAGCCACAUCUAUACCAUAUACCGAAUGAGGACUCCUUUCUUUUCCUGAUUUGUCUCCCCUGUCCUAUCGCCACCUUGGCUUUGAUUCCCCAAACUUGCCAGGCCACUUUUACAACUUGACCACACAGACUUAACGUUUACAAUAGCAGAGAAUCAAGGUUAAUUAUUAUUAAGUGUAAAAGUGACUUGUGAAGCAAAAAAAACAUAGCACUCCAUGACCCACAAUUUCCAGUUUUGGCUUCUGGCUGAUUUCCUACUUGACCCAACCCCCCCUCUCUCUCAGCCUCACUCCCCCCACACCUGCUUACAGUGGACAAAGAAAAGGAGAGGGAACACUCUGCAGCUGUGUCUCCGACCUACUCCACGUACAGACUCAGAACACACUCUUUUGUGUAUAUGUAUGUAUGUUUGUAUGUAUGUAUGUGUGUGUGUUUGUGUGUGUCGGCAUGAGUUUGAGAGACCAAUCACCUCUACACAAAUUUUGUGAAUUCGCGAGUGGAUGAUGCUUGAGUGUUGACCAAUUUAUCAGCGUACUCUGCGACGUUAGCUUGUUUGAAUCACUGGCCCAUACAACCACAGAGGGAUGCUUGUGUGGGUGGGUGUAUACUUUUAGUCCUAGCGACAGUAAAUGUAAAUCAUUCCCGAGUAAUUCCACAACAUCACCGUUUAGUACACUGCCUCAAAAUCACGCACAUACAGGUUAAAAUAAAACAUUGUGAGUCCAGGCAACCAAUGUGGUCAUAAGAUGUAAAUAUAUGUAUCAAUGAAAAUAAGACUCAAAGUCUAAAGCCCGACUGGUGGCCCUCAGGCUGUUCGUGUCGCCAGAUGAAAGUUAACAUCGCUUCUAAAAUCAAAAAGGCUUUGUCCUUUUUGUACAGUUUUCUUUCUCAGAUGUACAGUAUUUGGCACGACACGGCGUGAAAUUGACUAAACUCGUUUUUCAACUUCGCCAGCUUUCGUCAGAGUCGACUGUAAACCGCUGUCAGCAGCUCAAGUCACUUCCUCUCAGUGUGGGAGACAUGAUCCUAGAUGGUUCCAAAUUUCAGGGAAGCGGAGUUUGAAAACAUUUCUAAUCGAGCUCGAAUCUUACCCAAGUGUGGAAAAUGUUGCUCUUCCUAUCUGUCCUCCAACUUAAAAAGCCUUAUAGGUCCUUUAUCCUGGUCACUUCUGCACCGCUCCUCUGUGUCAUGGUGACGAUAACAAACCUGCGUUUAAGGUUGUCAACAAGGAGGCCACAAUAGGUCUGCUUACAAUAUAAUGUAACUAUGGGACCUUAUGUGCUGUCUCGAAAAACACCUGCUACACGCGUGGUUCUCACCAGUAAUGUUCUUUUUUCCCGGCUUCCUUCGCCACACUGAGGCAACUAAAGCGACACAAAUAUGAGAUUUAUUCAUCAUACGAAUUCUUUUCUCCAAACAGUAUUUUUCACACAUGCUCCCAGCCGCUUCCCUGGGCUUUUUCUUCUUCAGUGAACCCGUCCAGGAUCGUCUCCGAUGCAGCCGAUGAGACCGUCGCCCACCACAGCUGCCGUUGUCAUGUGCUAAUGUUUGCAUUCCAAAAUGCCCACACGCUUGUUAACAAUGCUAUCCAAGACUUGUAACCGUGACAACUUCAGCUGUUUUGAGCUGGGCACUACUGUCAUCGUGCUAUUGUUAGAGGGGUUCAUCUCAAAACACAGCACAAGAGUGUAAGCUGCCCUGCCAAAGCUCAGUGCGGACAACAUGACGGUUGAGCUCAAGUUCACUUUGAAAAGAAGAAAGGUGUCCAUAAACUUUUUUACUUUUUGUGCUUUAGAUAACAGCGUGGCCUUAAGCCUGGCAACACGCUCAGGCUAACGCAUUGUCAAAUCUACGUGCAGUUAGCGCGUUAGCACACAUGUUAAACGUUAACAUCGCUUACAUGUAGUAGUUCACUUGUGAGAAUCCUAGCAAACAGUGUGUAGUGUUUGUCCUGGUGGCUUGCUCACACGGUAACGUGUAUCAUGUGAACAUGCUAGCGUUAGCACUCAGGUGUAGGACCGCAGUGGCUUAUGGACAUGCUGUAGUUCAUUUUUAGAGGUUUUUUAUAUCAUAAACUGAAGUCAUAGACAAGUGGAAUAUUUGACCUGAUCAUGGCACUAGAUUUGGGGAUUGGGACCAUAAUUCAAACAUACAUACAUAAUUCACCUUUUGACCAAAAUGUUGGACCUGGCCGACCAGUGUUAACAUCCCUAAGGUCACACUGCCACAGUCGCGUGGCUGACCACAUCCAGUCCAAGCCUUAAACACCUGCUUCAGCACCUUUACACCUGGAGAACCGUGAAUGUGUUUUGUGUAAGUUGGCUGUGUGUGUCUAUAAAGGUGCGUUAAAAAAAUUUUCCGCGUUGCCAGCGAGAGCUCAUCUUAUUUGUGUGAAUAAACACAGCCCCGCGAGAGUUCACCCGUUCCCUUUCGGACGCGGACGUCGGUGACUAAUUGUUAAGACAUUUCAAAUCGACCGAGUGAGGCGAAAACUGAUCUAUGCAUAUUUGUAUUUACUUUGUAAAUCAUUUCAAUUUUGCGUUAGGUGCGAAUGCACCAAAAUUGAGCUAAAAUAUGAUUGUACCUAUCUUUUAUUAAAUAUCCCACUGCUUAUUGCUGCCAGAUGCUGCUGUUUAACUGUGGCUUGAUGAGUUUCACAGCUUGAUAAAAGCCCGUUACUCAGUUUAUUUAAUUCACCAAAGGUUAUCGCAUUGUUCAUGAUGAUAUAAUCUGAAACUGUUAACCUCAUCAUGGACAUUUGAUUCAAGCUAUAGUGUUUAUUCUUCUAUGAAAGCAGGGCGAGCGAGACUAUAAUGCCCUGCACCUGGUGAUAAUGCAUGCACUGCUAUUCUAUUUUACAAUAUCUUAAGGCACUUAACUUUUCGGGAGGGGAGGUUAUUCUAAACACUGAGUGUGUGUGUGUGUGUGGGUGUUUGUGUAUGUAUGAGUUGUAUUUGUACGGGGUUUCGUGGGCCAAAUCAGUCCUGCACAGUUAAACAUGACAAAUGAACAAAUAAAAAUGAUUUGACGUAUAAUGCUG